GCUGCCUCCUCCUCCGCCGCCGCCGCCGCCUCGUCCUCGGCGUCUUGCUCGCGCAGGCUCGGCCGGGCGCUCAACUGGCUCUUCUACCUCGUCCUGGUGGCCGCGGCCGCCUUCUCGGGCUGGUGUGUCCACCACGUCCUGGAGGAGGUGCAGGAGGUCCGGCGCGGCCACCAGGACUUCUGCCGGCAGCGGGAGGAGCUCGGGCAGGGCUUGCAGGGCGUCGAGCAGAAGGUGCAGUCUCUGCAAGCCACGUUGGGGACUUUUGAGUCCUUCUUGAGAACCUUCCAACAUAAGCAAGAGCUCGCGGAGAAAGUCAUGAAGCAAGGGGAGAGCGAGAUCAACCGGAUCAGCGAAGUUCUGCAAAAGCUCCAGAACGAGAUUCUCAAGGACCUCUCGGACGGCAUCCACGUGGUGAAGGAUGCCCGGGAGCGGGACUUCACGUCCCUCGAGAACACGGUGGAGGAGAGGCUGACGGAGCUCACCAAGUCCAUCAAUGACAACAUCGCCAUCUUCACUGAGGUCCAGAAGAGGAGCCAGAAGGAGAUCAACGACGUGAAGGCGAAGGUUGCCUCUCUGGAACACUCCGAGGGGGACAGGCAGGAGUUGAAAGCCUUGAAGGAAGUCGUGAAGGGCAUACAAACCUCUCUGAAGUCCAAAGACAAGGACCUGGAGGCCCUGAGAAGCACCCUUCAGACCAUGGAGUCGGAUGUCUACACCGAGGUCAAGGAGCUGGUGAGCCUCAAACAGGAGCAGCAGAAGUUCAAGGAGGCGGCCGAUUCGGAGCACCUGACCCUGCAGGCCCUCUCCGAGAAGGUCCUCCGGUCGGAGGAGGCCACCGCCCGCCUCCCCGAGGAGGUCAGGAGACUCUCGGAGGAGCUGCGCCAGCUGAAGGCCCAGUCCCUCGAGCCGGAAGAAGAUGGGGUCUUCAAAAACUCCGACACCCUAGACGCACUCCAGAGAAAGAGCCAGGGCUUGGACACCCGGCUGCAGACUGUGGAAGACGGGGUCCAGGCCAUGCAGAUGGCCUCCGCGCGGCAGAGCGAGAGCCUGGAGUCCCUGCUGGCCAAGAGCGAGGAGUGCGAGCAGCGCCUGGCCGCCCUGCAGCAGCGCCUGGACAGCCUGGACUCCUCGGAGGAGGCGGACAAGGGAAGCCUGGCCAGCACCGUGAGGAGCCUGGGGGAGGCCCAGCUCUCGCUCUACAGCGACGUCGAGGAGCUGAAGAGAAGCGUGGGCGAGCUCCCCAGCGCCGUGGACACGCUCCAGAAGGUGCAGGAGCAAGUGCACACGCUGCUGGGUCAGGACCAAGCCCAGGCGGCCCGCUUGCCGCCGGAGGACUUCCUGGACAGGCUGUCUUCUCUGGACCACCUCAAAUCCUCCGUCAGCCAGGUGGAGGCGGACUUGAAGAUGCUCAGGACUGCCGUGGACAGCUUGGUGGCCUACUCGGUGAAAAUCGAAACCAACGAGAACAACCUGGAAUCGGCCAAGGGUCUGCUCGAUGACCUGAGGAAUGACCUGGACAGGUUGUUUGUGCAAGUCGAAAAAAUUCAUGAAAAGGUCUAAAUGAAUUGUGUGUGCAGGGCGCGGUGGAAAGUCCAAUUUCUCAUGACCAAAAAAAAAAAAAAAAAAAAAGGUGUUAUUUUCUCCCGUGCGCCCCUCCCCCUCACGUUCUUGUCCCCUCUUAAAGAGCAGGGGACACCACUUGGGACACCACAGCAUUUUGUAUUUCUGUGCCCGGUUAAUUUAUUUACAGUCGUUACCACACAACACUGGUUUCUCAAGUGUUCAGCUUCUGCUUGGUUUCCUGAAGGCCCAGUAGCCAGCAGGCGGAGGUGCCGGGCAGCGGGGAUGUCUCUGGUGUCAGAGCCUGGGGAUGGUUUCCCUGAGGAUUAACAGAAGCAGAUUAACGCUAACCUCCAAAAAGCCUGCCUGGCGGGCAGAUUUGAAGUGAAGAAAGUGGGGGAAGGGGCAUUUUUCUCUCUGAUUGUCUUUAAGGAAAAUUCAUUUUACUUUUUUUAUACUUCUGGAAGAAGUAAGUGUUCAGGAGAUGUCACUCACUCUUUGUCUUCCACUUUAAACUGGUUAGAAUUCAUAAAUGUCGGCGCCGCAUCGGGAGGGGGAGAGCCCCUCGUUUUUCAACCAAGAAGCAGCAGCUGCAAACUGGCCUCCCGUGGUGAGGGUGUCUUUUUCCUCUCCCUUUCCUCUCCCGAGUCCUCUCCUGAUCUCAAAGGUAACUAUGCAAAGAAUCCAGACGGUUCUGAAUGUGAAGGCACAACACCCCACAGAGUCCCCUGUGGCCGACCUGUGCCACCUCUUGGUAGGGUCCCCCAAAAUGCAUAGAUUUAUAAUCCCUGCAAGGGGAGUCCUUGGAUUCUUGCAGGAAGUGUGUGAUGGGGGCUGUCCACAAAGGCCUGGGCUGUCUCCCUGGAGAGUGGAGGCUGCAUCUUUUUAUUUUACCCCCGUGUCCGGGAAGAGGUCCGCUGGCCCCAUCCGUCAGCGAGGUGCGUGUGCAUUUGCGGUAGUUGUUGGCUGUUUCCCUCCCGUUCGGGCUGAACUGUUCUUUAAUGGCUGUCUUGCCUUUCGAAAAAGAGGAAAAAAGAAAGAAAAGAAAACGAUAAAAAAAGGUUUGUUUAGUUUACUGUGAAAUGAACUGUAUGGCUUAUUUACAGUAUUUUUAAUUCUUAAUAAACACUUGAGCUUUGUUACUUU